CCAGUCCCUAAAAUGGAAGAAGCCAAAAGCCAAUGUUUGGAAGAGGACUUUGAAGGACAAGCCACACAUACAGGACCCAAGGGAGUAAUAAAUGAUUGGAGAAAGUUUAAAUUAGAAAGUGAAGAUAGUGAUUCAAUCCCACCUAGCAAGAAGGAGAUUCUCAGGCAAAUGUCUUCUCCUCAGAGUGGAGAUGACAAAGAAUCAAAAGAAAGAUUCAGCAGAAAGAUGAGCAUUCAAGAAUAUGAACUAAUCCAUCAAGACAAAGAGGAUGAAAAUUGCCUUCGUAAAUACCGUAGACAGUGCAUGCAGGAUAUGCACCAGAAGCUGAGUUUUGGGCCUAGAUAUGGCUUUGUAUAUGAGCUGAACACUGGGGAGCAAUUCCUGAAAACCAUUGAAAAAGAGCAAAAGACCACCACAAUUGUUGUUCACAUUUAUGAAGAUGGCAUCAAAGGCUGCGAUGCUCUCAACAGUAGUUUAACAUGCCUUGCAGUCGAAUACCCUAUGGUCAAGUUUUGUAAAAUAAAAGCCUCUAAUACAGGUGCUGGUGACCGCUUUUCCUCAGAUGUACUCCCCACACUGCUGGUCUACAAAGGUGGGGAACUCAUAAGCAAUUUCAUUAGUGUUGCUGAACAGUUUGCUGAGGAAUUUUUUGCUGGAGAUGUGGAGUCUUUCCUGAAUGAAUAUGGUUUACUACCUGAAAGAGAGAUACAUGACCUAGAGCAGGCCAACAUGGAAGAUGAAGAUAUUGAAUAG